UUAACAUGACUUGAUGUCAGAAGUAAACGUUCAAAGACAAAAGUCACAUCAGCUCAUUUGGAAAGGUACCCCAGUGACCACUUCUGUAUAUUUCCAAACCCCAAUUUCUUCUAAGGAAAAUAACAAGAGAGAUUAUGAGAGCUUUUUUUUGUCCUGAGGAUGCUUGAUGCCUUCUAUAAAAGGAGUGUGUUCUCUCCAAGAGCUGGUGACGCAGAGACUGCGCUCGGUGAGAGAGUAUAAAGGAUGAUGCGCGGCUCUGUUUCAGCGCACACAUGGGGCAGUAGCUGGGUUGGUAAGAUUCAUCGGUGCCUGGAGACGCUUGAAAGAACAGGGAGAUGAACACAACAGAGAAGUUAUACCUUCCCGUUGAUGGCAUCUUCGAAAUGUUUAACUCUUUCACCGAUCUUCACCACCAACCACUCAUUGCGCAUCCAGUCCUCCAGAGCGCAGCCCUCACCCCAGCGACCCAGCACCCCAAAGUCUCAAACAUAUCGAAAACAGGCAUGGGUAUCAUCAAAACCGUCAAAGGCCACUGGAGACACCAGGAUAACAGAGUGGUUACAAGUAGAUCCUCCAGCUCGGGAAAUCGGCAGGUUUCGACUGAUCGAGUCCCAAAAAGGUCCGUGGAUCUGCUGGAGCUGGGUCUGACCAAGCCUAGAAACUGUCACAGAAUAGUUGUGCUUGGUGCGCCCAAAGUAGGGAAAACCAACAUCAUCCAGCUCCUGGGUAAAGAAUUUGAAGAGGAAUAUGAGCCCACAGUCGAGGACUUUCACAGGAAACUGUUCCACAUAGACGGGGAGGCUUACCAGGUGGAUCUGCUGGAUGCAACUAGUGAGAGGAACUUUCCUGCGAAACGGAGGUUAUCCCUACUGACAGGUGACAUCUUUCUGCUCGUGUUCAGUUUGGAUGACAAAGAGUCUUUCAGUGAAGUCUGUGAGCUGCACAACGACGAUCAAAGAUGCAAAGACAAGUUGCUGAAAUUAAAACAUCCCGCGAGGGUUCCAGCCGUGAUUUGCGGGAACAAAGCGGAUUUGGAAGCACCGACAGUCAUCAGACGGACUGAUGUGACAGACAUCCUCGGUGAGGAUGUCGCGUUCUUUGAGACCUCGGCCAAAGACGGAGCCGGACUGGGCAAUGUCAAAGCUCUGGCCACUCUGGGCGGACUGCCUGACGAAACCACUCCAACGCGGCACGCGAUGAUACCUCUUCUCACCUACCAGUCUCUAUACCUCGGUCAGCGGGGCAGAAGAUGGAGCCGAACGCGGGGUCUAGGGCCUUGCGCCGCAACGGACCCGCUGGCGCGCCGCCCGAGCUUCACCAGCGACCUGCGGCUCGUGCUGAGAUCCAGCAAACACAACAAACCCGAGAGGUGUCAGAUUCAAUGAAUUGUGAGCCUUCUGAAACCCAAUUGUAGUAGUAUGCUACAAUGUCAUAUUAUGUAAGGGUUAUACUCUGUAGCACCUGGCUGGACCAGUGCAUUAUAUUUUAUUAAGUGUUUACCAAACUCUUAUAAUAAAAGUAUCUUUUCUAAA